CGCCAUUUUUAUUUAUGUGCAGGGGGACGAAGUGGAGUAAUUUUUGUGCGAUUUGCGAUAAUCUAAAAGUUGAUCAGAGAAAUGUAUCGUCUGUCAAUAUGUAAUUGAAAUGGACCUUCGACGCAUGUGACACGCGAAAUUUUCGCGUGCGCUCAGCGUGAAUAUUUAGAAUUAUUCAUGCGAACAUUACAUCGAGGUGUGAUUACUGUGAACACUACAAUUUUCUUCCCAGCACUCUUCUUGAUAAAAUGGAUCAUCGCCAAAAGAUGGUUGUAAUUUCUCAAUCAAAAAUCAAAAUUGAGGAUGAUGAUGAGGAUGAUUUGGAAGCAUUGAGAUUGGCAGCUCUUGAAACAUUAAGAACAAAGGAUGCCUCAUAUAAAAGGUCAUCGCAAGUGCAAAAAGUUUCAGCACAAGUAACACAAUCAGCUCGCUAUCCGUAUAAAAAUCAAUGGCCUAUGAAGAAAAAUUUUUAUUACAAAGCACAACAAAGACAAAAUGGCAAUGUAUAUUAUCAAAGUCCUCGUAAUCCAAAUUUAAUAGCGAUAGUUCCUGUAGAUGAACCUUCUCCACUUCAACAGACUCAAUUAUCUUCUCCUGUAGAAAAGAUUGAAUCACGUAUAGAAUCAUGUCCUGAAGAAGUAUCAAAAUUCCAUCGUUUUAAAGAUAGUGGAAGUGGUUCUGAAGAUGAAGAUGCAAAAGAGCAAAAAGGCAUUGCAACUUCUGCAAAAACAGAAAUUAUAGCAAAAGAGGAAUCAGAGGAAUGUUUGUUAGAAACGGAAAGUCAGGAAGAAACCAUGGAGAGUCUGCAAAAGAAUGGAGACAACCAAGAAGAAGAGGGCAAUGACGAUGAUGAUGAUAUACUCUUAAUGGCCGAUCUCGAGGAAGAAGACAGUUUGGAUCGCUUAAUGGACGAAAUGGAGAGGGAAAUGAAUGAUGGGAAGCCAUCUGAAAAGAGAGAGAAAAAAUUGAAUAGAGGCAAAACCAAGGAUACAAUAAAGGGUAAUGAAGAAAAUAAAAAUUUUGACAAGACGAAGUCAGACGAAAACUCCGUAAAGAAGGAGAGGAACAACACGACUACCUCAAGUUUGAAUACAGUUGGGAAGAAUGACAGGAAAUCGGUUUCUCCGCACAUCAAUCGGAUUAGUCAAAAACGUAGGUCUUUGUCUCCAAGGUCACGAUCGCGAAAAAAAUCACCGAAAAGAUCCCCUAGAAGAUCCCCAAUCAGGCAACUGAAGAAGUCUCCGAGGGAACCGACGAGGUAUAGAUCACCUCGAAGAUCUCCAUUAUCGCGAUAUUCUCCAAGGUCCAGAUCGCCCAGAAUCUCACCGCGUAGAUCGCCAAACAGAAUAUCUAUCAAAAGAUCACCGUCGAGGAAAUUAUCACCGAGAGGCAGAUCGCCGAAGCUUUUGUCACGUUCCAGAUCACCUCGACCGCACAGAUCGAAAUCGCCGAGACGAUCGCCUCGAUCGAAAUCUCCGAGAUUGCGUUCGCCUAAAAUAUCGCAUUCUAGAUCGCCGCGAUUAUCGAGGUCGAGAUCACCAAGGUACUCGCCGAGAUCGCCGAGGUACUCGCCACUACUUAGAUCACCUAGAUCCAAAUCUCCCAGAUUAUCCCCAAGAAGAGGGUCGCCCCGUCGUUUACGAUCUGCAUCUAGAUCUCCGAUUUUGUCUCCUCUUCCUCGCUUACGAUCGCCAAAAGUCUCACCGCGUAGAACACCGCCUCGCUUGAAAUCACCGCGACUCUCGCCGCACAGGUCGCCGUGGUCGUCUCCGAGGCAUUCGCCUCGUCUCUCACCGCGACGGAGACGAUCUCCGCCGAAGUGGUCACCUAAAGAAUUACCCAGAAAGCGUACUUCACGUUCCAUCACUCCGGAUAAUCGAGUCGAAUAUGUAAGAGAUUCAUCUCCGACUUUCAAAGGUACAACGACGCCAGAAAUGCCGAGAGUGAAGGCAAAACAGAAAGAUGAAGUGUACGAGAGAGCACCAAUGUCGGCAGAAAAGGAAUCCGUUGAUACAGUCAGCGAUCCCGUACUCGAGGCAAGAAGAAAGAAAUUCGAAUCUACGCGGCCUAUCAACCCCGUAAAUGCCAAUAAAAAGAUUAAAUUGUCCAAGAAGCACACGACAAAUACAAAAGUAGAAUCUCCGGAAGAAACGGAGAUUCAUUUGGACUCAAUUGCUAUAAGAAAAGUCAAACAAACAACUUUAGAAGAGUAUGAUGUUCAGGAAAUAGACGCAUGCUUGGAAUCAGAUUAUGAAUUUGUGGAAUUUGAAGAAACAAUGGAAAAUACAUCUCCGAGUGAUGUUAUAGAUCCUGUAAAUACAUGUAUGGACGUAGAACCACCGAAAACGGAGAAGGAAAAAUCUUCAAAGAAAAAGAAGAGACGUGAUAAAGAGAUAUAUCAAGUAAAAUUGAAGACCGAACUGCCGCUUUCUGAACGUAUCGGGAAAGAUAAAAAAUGUAAGAAACGUAAAGACGUAGUCUCUGAUGAAGAAGUGGAUGUCGUAUUUGGAGACAUAGCGAUAGACGAGGAAGGAGAUUUACGAGCAGCACUUAGCAGAAAACGUGCGGAAAAAUUGAAUAGAACUGUACCGAUUCAAUCCGCCGCUAGAUUAGUGCAAUCGGCUUUCAAAGGUGUUGUGAAUGAAGUUGUAAAAAAUAAUGCAAAAACUAACCAAAGGCAUGUAAUUAAUACUGAUGAAAAAUCUAAUCAAAAGGAAGUUAGACGGGUUACUGUGCUGCAUCGAUCAUUAACUGAAUUACACAAUUCUGAAGAUGAAAGUACCAUUGACUCGAAGGUUCCUGUACGUUUCAGAUUGGGGCACAAUAAACAAGUGCAAGAGUCCAAAGAAUCCAAGGUUAUUCGAAAAGCAUCCAAAAGGCAGGGUCGUAAGGAAUAAAAUAAAUCCGCGUUCAUCCAAUUGCAUAUUUAUAUGAAGAGAGAAUCGCGGUUCAUCAUACCGCUUAUUAUGUUAUCAACCAUAGGAAGAUGCGCUCAUUAAUGAUUGUAUUUUUUGAAAAUACAUAUAAAGCAUCUUUUUUUCUUUUUUCAAACAUAAUAAAUACAAUAAUAUUAAUAAUAUUAGAGAACAAUAUCUAAAUUUCAAUACUUUAUAAUUUAAAUAAUCUCGACUAUUCAUCGUUAAGGAAAUUGCUUAGGAAAAGUUAAUUAUGUGUGGUUACAUUAAAUCAUGUUGAAGAAUAUGUAUAUAAUUUACUUUGAUCGUUCACUUAAUAAACAAGAAUCAAUAAUCCCAAAACUACCUUUUGCAAAACCUAAGCAUACUUUACAUGAAAUUAGUAAUGUAUAGGGACAUUUUAAUUGUACAUAGUUUAAGGUAGAUUUUAAACUAAUAAGAAUGUUGUAAUAUAGCUUGUAAAUUUAACUAACGAUAUAUUGCGACAUCAAAUAUCUUGUACAAAGUAUCAUAGCAGCAGAAAAUGCAGCUUUUAUUAAAAUUUAUUUGCUACGUGAUAUAUUUUUAAAGAAGCAAAAUGUAAAUUUUUUCUGAGAUCUGAUACAUGUUUCAUGAAGUAAUAUUAUAAUUUAUCAGCAAACAUCCACUUUAUUUUGCUAUUAAAAAAUUAAUUGCAUCUUGAAAAUGAUUGACGGUAUAAUGAGAGAAGACCAUUCUUUUAUUUUUAUCACAUGACUAUUUACUUUCAAACAUAUUACUAAAUAUGCAAAUAUAGUGUAUAAUCUUUCAAAAUUGUGUAAAAGCAUGUGCUCUAACUUUAUAUAUUCGGCGGCAGAUUGCUGCAAAUCCUAUUGAUAUAAUUUUAUACGGUUUUAUUUUUAAUCACAUCUUACGAAAAAGAUACAUUUAUUUUCUAUUUAAUGUAUUUUGUAUAACUAUUAUUUUAUAUAGCUAUUUUAUAUUUAAUUAACGUUUAAAGUAAUACGUACCAUUAAUUUUACUCAUAAUUCAAUUUCUGAUAAUUAGCACAUAGACACGCAUAAUUAUUGCAGUGUAUGUAUAGCUAAUAUGCGUGAAUAAUUUCGGGCUGUUAUGCAGCUAUGUAUAUAACUUCGGUCUACUCCGGAAAUAAUGUUCGUAUAUCAGGCUGAAUACCUCAUAGUAUCUAUGAAGGUGUAAAUGCUGCUUUUACGUCAAUAAAAAACCAAUAUUACAUUUA